AUGCCUAAUAUCAGAAUUGGGGAGGAUAUUACAAGGAGGAUAAUGUUCACUGACAAUUUUGAUUUGGGUGGUUCUUUUGAGUGGGAAGAUGAGGAAUUUGAUAUUGAGGGGGAAGAGGAAUUGUAUAGGGACCUAGGGAACAACACUAAAAGAGUUUAUGGUGCUAAAGCGUCCAGUCCUCAUUGGCUUCGUCAAAGCAGCGUUGGCCAGGAUGCCCUACCUACACACGGGGAGGGCACUUGGGCUUGCCCUCCCUUGUUAACUAAACCUGGUACCUACCUAGGUACCUCGGGACACAGCGGUCAUGUCCUGUCUGGAGCACCAGUAUAUCAAUUGGUGGGUACAACACCCACUACACCCCCAUCUGGGAUGUCCCAGAUCAGGGCACCGCCCAUAGGAUCAACUGAAACUACUUCACCAGGAUACCCACCAUCUAUGGCACCGCCAGUUCCCGCAUGGCGGUCUCCACCAGCGAACCCAACUUAUAAGGGACCAAAGACAAGCUUCCCAGUCCCCUGGCAACUUCUAAGUUCAAUGACAUCAGUUGGGGGUCCACCUGGGACUACUCAAAAUGCAUGGUGUUUAUCUCCAGUGACAGCCGUGCAUGGAGGCUUACGCUCUGAUACUGCUCCUCCUGGGUACCCCCCACAGCAACCCACAGCACAAUCUGCGGGGGACCCUCCCCACACUACUCCCGCACACUAG